GGGGCUAGAGGGGCUCUCCUGGGGGCGGUGAUCUGGCCUCUUGUUCGCAGCAAUGAGGAGUGUCGGAGCCGGGCUGUGCCUGGCUGUGCCGUGGCUGCUGCUGCUGGCGGGGCCGGGGCUCCGCGGGGAGCACCUGGUCGGGGGGCUGCAGGAGGUGCCGGUCUCGGAUCCCGGGGUGCAGGCGGCCGUGCGGUUCGCGGUGGAGAUCUAUAACCGGGCCAGCAACAGCCUGUACUACUCCCGGGCGGAGCGGGUGCUGCGGGCCCGCAGCCAGGUGGUGACUGGCGUGAAAUACUACCUGACCGUUCAGCUGGUGACAACACGGUGCCGGAAAAAUGGGGCAGGCCUUGAAAAUGGGGAUGUCAGCACAUGCCCCUUGCCGCCAGCAUCAGAGCAACAGAAACUGCUCUGUGAGUUCCAGGUCUGGUCCCGUCCCUGGCUCAACCGGUCACAGUUAUUAUCUCAGAACUGCUCUGUGUCUCACUCCUGAAACCUGUCCCAUCUGACGACAGUGAACCGAUCUGCCAUUGAUCCAUGCUGCUGGGGGUCACGCCGGCUCUCCCUCUAAUCCCCAUAUUCCCCACCAGGUGGAGGAAGAUCAGGAUCUUAGAUCUCCUCCUCUCCCCCAAUCAGGGCAGGUUUGGAAAUGGCUGGGCCGUCUUCUCCUGUAGUGUCUGAUUGUUCAGCCUUGCUUAAUGACCAGACUGAAGCCCCUGAAUGCUUUCUGUCAUAGCUAAGAUUUGGCAUCCCCUAUGAUGUAGGGAAUAAAAGUGAUUCACCAUG